AUGGAUACUUCUAUAAAUAAAACAGAUAAUAAUGAUAAUAUAUUAACUCAAAAUUAUUUGCAAGAGCUACUGAACAAGGCACAUGAGCUGAAGGCAAGUAUUGCUGAGAAAGAAAACCAAAAACUAAGUGCUUCGAAUGAUUUGAAUGCGCUCUCAUGCAAACUCUAUAGUGCCAUCGAAAAUGAAUACAAAUUAAAAAAGAAUCGAAUUGUUCCACAACAACAAAACACGAUUCCUUCGCAAGAUAAUUUUUCAAAACCUAAGAAAAAAUUUUAUGAACAGUUUAGCAACCUUCAACGAAUUUUGGGUAUAUCAAUUAGCUGCUCACCAGAAAAGAAAAUAUUUGAGAUAAUGUUUAAUGAUAUACAUAGGACAAAAGUUUAUUUUGCAUAUACCGACAAAGGAAUUACGCUUGAACGGAUGCAUCCUUAUCGCGAAAAUAUUGAAACUAUUCAAUCAAUCCUCCGCGAGACGGGAGAUUUGAUUGGAUUUUUAUCAGUGCUCAACAAAAAACUAGCCAACGCAUGA